AUGUUGAAAACCAAACGACCUUUAAAAGUCGUUGAGAUAUGUCUGUCGUUGUUUGGCUUCUUGGGCUUGCAAGUGGUUUUUAAUGAGACAAUUUCAAGCAUGGAUAAUUGCGAAUAAGAAGCACGUCAAAAAGGAUCGACAGUGCUUUUACAUUGUCAAGCUGGCAUUUCACGAUCAGCAACCAUCGCAAUCGCUUACGUAAUGCGCUAUAAAUGCUUUUCACUCUUCCAAGCUUACCAACUAGUGAAGGAAGUUCGACCAAUCAUAUCACCAAAUCUUAACUUCAUGGGUCAAUUGUAUGAGUUGGAGCAGAGUCUCAUUGCUGAAGGCACGUUGCUUCCUGCACCUGUUAUUCAACCAUCACCUCCAAGCCAGCAUUCUUUCCUCGUUCACCACGUGGAGCAUCCGAAGCCAUCGAGUCAGCCACUUUUUCCACUUACACUUCCUUGUCGGAAUCGUAAAAAUCUUUUUAAUAAAAAUAAACUGACGUUAAAAGUGUCGAGUGAUGACAACAAUAACAUGCGAUCAUCGGACGGUAGUUCCGAAGAAGAUGUUGAAAUGGUGUCAUCGCCACGAUCGAACAUGAUAAUCAUUAACGAAGUCGAUUGUGAGAGUGAAAAUGCAUCAAACAAUAACCGCGAAGAGUCGGAAUGCUCAUCGCCAUCGAGUUUAACUUCGAGCCUUUCUUCGAGCUUAUCUCCAGUACCAUCAUUGACCAAUUCACCUACAAGCCUCACGCCAGACGUAUCAAAAUCGUCAUCGCAGUUUGAAUGAAGCAGGAAAAACUUUCCUGACGAAGAAAGGAAAAUAACGCCUCGUGAUUAUGGAGGCUGCCGUAGAACUUUCCUAAGCACAAAAAGAAAAAAUUAUUUAUUGCUGUGGUAGCUGAGCUUUGGGAAAUUCUCGUAAGGAAACGUGUAGCUAAUUCUAUAGGAAACAGGCAUGAAAGAUUAUUGAUAAGAAGUCACAUAUUAUAGAAUACACACAUAAUCAUAAAAAAAAGGUUUUUUCUUUCUUAUAAACACUUUUCAUUGCUGCGAGAUAAAAAAUAUGUUAAGUCAUUAGUCGAUGAUAAGGUAAUUUUUUUUGUCAUUCAAAUCAAUCAUAUUUUUGCCUCCCACGCAAUCUUUCACUUUUGUUCUUGAAGAAAAUAAUUAAUUAUGGGUUUUAACAUGGAAAAGAAAGAAAUGAGAAAGAAAGAUGCUAAAUAGAAAGCUUGUGAUUUUCCUGCCAUUAAUUAAACAUCUCUGACCGAAGUAUGAACAUCGAAAAUGUAUCCAAAAAACAAUAAUCUUGUGUAACUUUGAAAAGAAAGAACAUUUCUUGUUAUUUGUGUUGCAAUAAAAUGCAAAAUUAAAAAGAAUGUUUGAUCAUGUGCAGCUGUUGCUAUUGUCAUACUGAAGGGAUGAAAAUUAUUUUUCUGUUAGGAAACUUUUUUUUGCCUGUUCUUUUUCUUCUUUGAACUGAUGAUUUUACUAAAUUUUUGUAUGUAUGUUAGACUUUACGUUUUAUUAAUUAUUUGUAGAUAGCUCUUGCUAAUUGUAAAGCGGAUUUAUAAAAUUUAAGAGAAUUGAAAUGUUUUUGACGCCACACCACUUGAUAUCAUAGAAAGUUUUUUCUUUUUUUUGUGUUUGGAGUGAAAUCGGAAGUGGAAGAAAAUAUGUUCAGAUGAUAUCUAAUCAAACGGUGAAAAGCGAAUAAAAAUAGUUAAAUAAAAUUUUUAUUUCAAGCAGUUAAACUUCUAUUAUACACAACAACACAACAUGCAAACCAACAAAAUAAAAAUCUAGUCUAAAAUUAUAAUUUUAAAGGAAAAAAAAAACAAGUAAAAAUGAGAAUAAAAUGAAAAUUGAUUGCUAUAGAGAUUAA